AUGAUCAUCUCCUAUCGAGGGAUCUGCUUUCCUCAAUCUGCGAAGACUGCUAUUGGACUGAGACUUCCUAAGGUCACAGUCAGUGACUUGUGUUUGCUUGCCAUUGUGAGGUUACUGAAUACUCUCCGACAGCCCACGACCCGUUUCGCCCUUCUGAUUUGGACUCAUCAGGUAGGUGCAGUCCCCGAGUUUCGUCAACCUUAUGAUCUACUUGAACCCGACUUGGACUGUUUUCGAGAAAUACACUCAUUUGCAAAUCAACUUGGACAAGACCAUGCAUGCUCAUUCGCGCUAUCUCGUCGGUGCAUCAUUGUGUCGAGCCCUGUAGAUUACAACCUCCGUCGGAUUGUGUGUGUCUAUCGACCCGUUACUCAAUCAGACAUUGGGGCAACGGGACAAAGUAGGCGCAGUCCCUGA